UUGCCGCACUCAAUAGGCCACUUCCCUUUCCCUGGGAGGAAUCUCCUACUGAUCCUCCUUGUCACAGGACAUGUCACAUUCCCCACAGCCGGCAGCAGCAGCAGCACCCCUUGGGCUCAGCCCUGAAUUCUGGGAUCCAGCACCUCUCUAAACUUGGGGGGCCCCUCACUUGACUCCCUGGUGGGAAGAGACUGAAGUCGGAAUGAAGAAGAUUUUCUCUUGCUCCUCAUCACAAGUCCAUGUGGACAAGUGGAGCAAACAUGACCAAAAGCUUUUUGAAGCGGUGGAGAAAGGCGACACAAAGAAGGUCUCUUCUAUUCUCUCCAAGAGGUUCCUCAGACCCACCACACCGAGCCCAAGGGGAAUAUCCUCCUUUCACUUGGCCGCUGCCCGAGGCCUUACAGAGAUAUUAAGUAUCAUCAUGUCCUAUAAAGUGGAAGUCAAUGCCAAGUCAGAUGAAGGUUGCACAGCAUUGCACUUGGCUGCCAGUCAUUGCCAUCCGGAAUGUGUGAAGCUUCUCCUACAGCGUGGGGCUCACGAAGAUUCCAUCGAUUUUCACAGUCGGACGCCGCUACACUGCGCAGCUGCCUCGGGUUGUGUUACCAGUGCCCGGUUCUUGUGCGAUGCUGAGGAUUGCUCCCUCGAUGGGGCAGAUGAUGAUAGCCGGACGCCGCUGAUGACAGCCGCCAUACGGAAUCACCCCACUGUUUGUGCCUUGUUGCUGGAACGGGGGGCUCAGGUUGACCUGCAGGACAAAGACGCAAAGACGGCAUUAAUGCUGACAUGUGAGAGAAGCAACAUACAGGCGGCCGAGGUGCUGAUAACAAGGGGGGCUGACCUGAUUCUGAAGGAUAACAGGGGCUUCGAUGCCCAGUAUUAUGCCAACCAAUCUCGGGACGAGUCACUCUGUAGGCUGGUACAGGCAACCCUGGAAAAGAAGAAAACUGAGCGAGGAACCGGCCAAGAAAAUCAACAUGUGGCCAAGGGUCAUCAUCAUGUCAGAAGUAAGGAAGAUGAGAUGGUAAACAUAUGGAAGAAACGAUACGAGGAAGAGCAUAAGAGGGGAUUGUGGCUUCAGGGAGACUUAAUGAGGAAGACUCAUGAAAUUGAGGGCCUCUUGGAAGAAAACCAUUCAGAGAAGAGGCGGAUAAGAGAAAUGGUGAAAAAGCUGAAGGAUCUUCUGGAUGGUCCCACAGAGGACCAGACUGCUACAGUAGAUGACAUUCAGACAACUGAUAUUCUCCUUUCCCUAAGUCGUGCUGUGGAGCAAAUACAAGCAAUAAAAGAACAGAAGCUAAAGGCCCAAGAUCUGCAAGAGGAAAAGCUAAAGAGCCUUGCUGACGUGACUCUAGAGGGCCACCAAGAAGCAACUAGACACCUUCAGGAUGAGGUGGUUGCAGCAAAAGACAGAGAAAAUGUUGCACAGAGGAGAGUAGCUGAGCUGGAAGGACACUUGGAGAACAUGAGAUUGGUGCUGUCUCAGUUUGAAACAAGGAAGCGCAUUGACAGUACAGUGGUGGAAGAUCUGCAGGAGCAGAUCAAUGAACUUACUCGGGAAAGGGAGGAACUAUUGAAAAGACUUCAGAAACAAGAGGAGAACUUCUAUAAAUCCAAGACCGAAGAGCUUAAUAAUGACCAAAAUACUCUACAAUCAAAUGUCAGAGUCUUAAAGGAGUUUUUAAAUAGCUUAAAGAGUGAUUGCAUUAGAGUACAGACAAAAACAGGGGAUGUGUACAGAAGAGAAUCCCUCACUGGGUUUGUACCAUUAGGUGUCUUAGAACAAAGUGCAGAAAGUUGGAAGAAGAUCAGCUCUGCCAUGGAAACACAUCUUGUGAACCUCGUGCCAUCGCAGUCUAACCUUCUUGUGAAUGGAUCAGUAAGUGAGUACAAGGAGGGCAAUGCAGCACCCCAACAUCAAAGUUUGCCAAUGACAGAAGCUAAUGUUUCCUGUGUACAAGCAGAACCACUCAAUGCUUGUGGAAAUGUGAACCAUCUUACCAGGGAAGCCACUGAGAAAAAAAUUGAAACCCAAAAGUCUAUUGACGCAUUAAGCCAGAAAGUUUUGGAUCAUGAAGCUGUAUUGGAUUCUCUAAAACUCACCAAUGAUAGAUUACUCAGCCAAGUGAUGAUGGCUAACCAAGAGAAACAAAAUUUGGAAGAAGGACUCCUUACUUUGCAGGAUAGGCUACAGGCAGAGUUUGUCAUUAGACAAGACAUUGAGAAAAAAUACAAGGAACUCAGUCAACAAAACCUACGUCUAUCAGAUGAGUUGUUAGGGGAGCAGGAGAAAGUGACAAGGUUUAGGGAAAGGCUUGAGUCCUUGCAUGGUGAAAUGGUCAUGCUAAGGGACAGUUUUCCACCUGAAAUAAUUAAAGAAGGAAGCCCCAAAGCACUGGAGAUGUUCAGCUCUGAUGUCUUGGAGGAGCUCUACUGGAAUGUUGGAACAUUAGUGAGAAAAUAUAAUGAGGUGGAGAAUCAAAAGACAAUGUGGCAGAAAGAAGUUCAGAAAUUGUUGAACAACCAGGCGCUGAGUGUACCCCUCACAGAGCACAACAAUACACUCAAUGAAAUGAAGAGCAAAUUGGAGACACAAAAGAAAGAAACAGAAGAACUUAAACAAAGACUCUCCCAAGCAAUGGGGAGUGUGGUAGAGCUUAAGGGACAACUUGACAGUCACUCCAUAAACCUUAUAUCCAAAGAAGAGCAUGAGAGUCAAAUUUUCACCCUAGAAAGGGAGGUGACUACCCUAAAAGAGGAGAACGAGGCAUGCAAGGCGGCCUUAGAAGGCAAAUGUGAAGAGGCCAUUGUCUUGAAACAGCUCUUGGAGCAGGAGGUGGAGGAAAGGCAAGCAAUAAGCUCCAGAGAAACCCAAGAGUUGCAAGAAAAGGAGAGAGUUAGACAAUCUCUAGAAACUCAAGUCCAGGCCCUACAUGAAGAGGUCCAGAUUCUAUCUGGGAAACAAAAUGAAGUCUCCAGAGAAGCAUCGAACUUCAGGGACACCAUAGCACUGGAGAGGGAAAAGGUUAAGAACUUAGAAGACCGAAUAACCCAACAGGAAGAAGAAGCAGAGGAACUAUGGGGCAAAUCUCAGGACUAUCAGGACGAAAAUAUCCUUCUUACUGAGAAGUGCAACAGUCUUCAGCAGAUUUCCCUGGAAAAAGAGAAAAAGGUAGCGGAACUGAUGACUGUGUUGGAGUCUUUAACCAGAGAGAUCGCUGAGCAGCACAAGAAGAGUGAGAUUCUGUCUCUUCAGCUUGAGGAAUCCAAUAAACAGCAUCAAGACAUCGUCAGUGUCUACAGAACCCACUUGCUGAAUGCAGCUCAGGGCUUGAUGGAUGAAGAUGUCCAUUUGACUUUACAUUGGAUCCUAAAGAUGCAAAAAGAAGUCUUUUAUUGAUUGGAAACUGUCGCCAUGACGAUCUGUUCUCUAUCCACAUGGCGUGUGAGGGGGAAAAGUGCCUUAUGUAGAGUGCGACUGUGCCAAUGAAACCUCCUCUACUGCACCCAAAGAAGUCUAAGUGUACUCCUUACAAGGAUAGAGUCCCAUUGUAGGCAAUUAAAGGUCUAGAAUGGUUAAUAUGUCAUUAUACUAAUUCAGGAAUUUGCUAAUUUGCACCUGCUUCUAAAUUGCUACUCCCAGCAUGCCCCUUAAAAGAACUUGGGAGUUGUAGUUAUGUCAUAUUUUGAGAUCCUGAUUAUUUUCUGCACUCAAACUAUUUGACAAAAAAUACAACUGAGUGUAAUUCAAUUUUUAUGGUGCUUUCACGAGGGGUUUGGGAGCCUACUGGCAUCAGUUUUCUGUUUAGGGUCUUUACCUUUGACGUGGGCAGAUCUAUAAGUACCUGCAGCCAAUUAGGUGUUAAAAAAUCCAAAGCAGCAGAGUAAAGGGCCAACCAGAGUAUUAGUAAGUAGAGCAAGAUGGAGACAAUGAGGUAACCGUGGAGAUGAACAAGAAAUGAUGGAGACAUUGGGGUAAAGAUAAAAGGGAAAUGAUGGAGGCAGUAGGGAAACGAUGGAGAUGGCAUGGAGUGAUGGAAAUAGUGGGGUAAAGACAGAGACAGUGGGGUAAAGACGGAGACAGUGGGGUAAAGACGGAGACAGUGGGGUAAAGACGGAGACAGUGGGGUAAUGACGGAGACAGUGGGGUAAAGACGAAGACAGUGGUAUAAAGACGGAGUUGGCAGGGAAAUGAUGGAGACAGUGGGGUAGAUUGUGACAGUUGGACAAGGUGGAGACCGUAGGGCAGGAUGACAACCGUAAUAAAGAUUAGUCACAAUUUCACUUUAGUUAGCACCAACUUACAGCCACUUUAUGUAAAUAAUGGGACACUAAACAUUCUGACUUUCCACAGGCCCCCUGAGCUCUCGAUGGAGCCCGGUAAGCUCCUAGAUAUGACCCUCUGAGCUCUAGAUACGACCCUCUGAGCUCUAGAUACGACCCUGUGAGCUCUAGAUACGACCCUGUGAGCUCUAGAUACGACCCUGUGAGCUCUAGAUACGACCCUGUGAGCUCUAGAUACGACCCUGUGAGCUCUAGAUACGACCCUGUGAGCUCUAGAUACGACCCUGUGAGCUCUAGGUACGACCCUGUGAGCUCUAGGUACGACCGUGUGAGCUCUAGGUACGACCCGACCCUGUGAGCUCUAGGUACGACCCUGUGAGCUCUAGAUACGACCCUGUGAGCUCUAGAUACGACCUUGUGAGCUCUAGGUACGACCCUGUGAGCUCUAGAUACGACCCUGUGAGCUCUAGAUACGACCUUGUGAGCUCUAGAUACGACCCUGUGAGCUCUAGCUACGACCCUGUGAGGUCUAGAUACGACCUUGUGAGCUCUAGAUACGACCAUGUGAGCUCUAGGUGUGGCUCUGCUUUAGGACAGGUAGCAGCUGACAAGGCAAUAAGGUUCCAGGAGUCUGUAGUGUCACUGGGGAAGGGGGGGCCCUCAUUGACAAUCACUAGAACCCUGUAAUAUCUGACACCCCUAUAUUCUAUGGUACUAAAUACAUUUUUAUAUUUAAUGGACAUAAGUUAUAGAAAUUUCUUAUUGGCUCAAUAAAAAUUAUUUUAUCAAGA